AUGCAGCCUGGCUCGCGUGUGCCUGACGAAUGGAAAGGACUUAUUGUGGCACUUGGUGAUCCUCAAGAUCUACAGGUGCUCUAUAAUGAUACCAAGCUCAGCCAAGACUUGCACGAAAGCUUUCUCCGAGGAGUUGCCGGCCAGGAUGUGGCCUUCGAAUUGGUGGAACACAGCCUUUUCUGUCUGCAGAAGAGACCUUCGGCCACAGAUCUCUGGUUGCUGCACAUGGAUGACCUUACCAGCCUAUCUCAAAGGUAUUUUGAGGACUACCAGAAACUGAAAAACCGUGCUCGGAAGAUGACAUGCAGCAUCAUCAGAGCGUGGGUUCGAAAGUUUUACAUGCGCUGCUAUCCAAAGCUUUUCUGCAAUGUUGUCCAGGACUUCAUGUCCACCUUUGUCGAUCUCAUGCAGAUUAAGAUCCACCCGGCAGGGGAGGUCAUUUGUGCUGAGGGCGACCCUGGAAACUUUGGCUUCUACCUUCACUCAGGACGCGCGCUGGUAUCUCGUGGCAGCACCUCAAUCAUCAGACUGUCUCGAGAGCAAGACGGUGCCUGGAAGAGCUGGUGGGGAAUGCUGGAGGUUGGUGCAACUUGUGUCGAGCAGACUUGCACGGUGAAGGCUGAGACUGAUUGCGUGGCAUGGGUGCUGCAGCUCCGAGAUUCUGAGGACCUUCGGAUGAGGUUCCCACGUGAGUGCGGUUUGUUCGAUCGAAUCUCUAUCAGGCACCUUCAACUACUCAGCCCCCACAUGGAUGGCAUGCGGAACAUUGCCAUGUUCGCAGACUGCGGUCAAGACUUUCAAGAGAUGCUGAGCAGCCAGUUUGUGCAGAGGAUCUGCUCUCGAGAUGAAAUUGUGGUCCAAGAGGGUGAUUUUGGAGAGGAAAUGUUUGUCUUGGUGCUUGGAAAAUGCAAAGUUCUGAGGAGUGGCAGUGAUCGGUUCAGCCGGCUACACCCUGGAAGCUGCUUUGGAGGUCUUGCGGCGCUGGGUAUUUCCAAAACGCGGAAGGAGACAGUCAUGGCUGACACAGUGUGCGAUAUUCGUGCUCUCAGCCGCAAAGCUCUCCUGGCAGUCCUGGAGAAGUUUCCAGAGGAGGAAGAGCGGAUGAUGGCCAUUGUUGAGGCACACAGCCAGAGUCGGAAGGCGGCUUCGCUGGCCUUGGAGCAAGCCAGCGCUGGGGAAGGCGGCUUCAGCCAGGACUUCAUCCGCAUGCUCGUUGACAACAUGUAUGAGCAGCCUUUCAUGGUCAACCAGGUCAUCCUCCAGCAAGGCAUGCCAGGAACUCACUUUGUCGUCCUCGUCCACGGCAUUGUGGAAAUUGAAGCAAAUGGAAUGGUUGUCGCGACUGUGAGUGCUCCCGGCAUCUUCGGCGAGCGUGGUUUCCUGGUGUCGGGAAGCAGAAGUGGUGCAACGGUCAGAUGCACCACUGUGGCAGAGUGCAUGAUGCUCCCUGUCGAUGGUCCAUCAACUCCAGUGAUUCGGCAACUCUACCAAGCAGACAUCCAGAAGCUCGAGCGCAUGCUCACGAAGAAGAUGCAGUCAACUGUGCAAACACUAUCGCAGAAGGGCUCAAACUUGCCUCAAGCUCAGCAGAAUACCAGCUUCCUGAAGAACUGCGACCCGUCCUUCCUGACUCGCAUGGCCCAGCAUUUGGAGAAGCAGGUGUUCAUGACUGGUCAGCCUUUGCUGGAAGAAGACGUUGAUGCCGGCUUCUGCUUACUGAUUCAGCAAGGCACAGCCUGUAUUGAGAAGGCAGGCAAGGUUGUGGGAAAGAUCGGUGCGGGGGAGUUUAUUGGUGAGCUUGUGGCUCUGGGAUUUGCCACAGCGGCUGCGCAAACCGUUCGCGCCGAAGAAAGGGUGUUGGCCUUUGCAAUCAACAACGAUGCCUUUCGAGAGCUUGUGGAAGAGUUCCCAGAGGAGAAACAGAAGCUGUUGGAGCUUACCAGACAGCGCAUAGAGGCAAGUGGACGGAGACGAAGUUCAAGGGGUUUGUUUGGUCGUCCAGACCUUCUGAAGGCCGUGGGAGCUGUUGCGGCCUUGCAGAAGAAGGAAGAGCGGCGAUCCUCCCGCACUCUGACCGGUGGAGGAGUGUCACUGCCGAAGGAAGACAUGACACAGGUUCGAAGAUUACCUGGCUACCGAAGUGGCAUGAAGUGGGUCAAGCAACGACGUGCUGCACUGGAGGAAGCAUCGUACGUCAAGCUGAAGCGGACAACGCUGAGAGGCAUCCAGCAGCCAUCCAGUGACGAGUUCCAGCCCCUGAUGCCGCUACGCCCCCUGCAGGGCUAUCGUCCUCCUGAGAAGGGACCCGGCACGCCUUGGUCUCCUCUGCGAGAACAGCAUCAGGCCACGUCAGCCUCGGUGAUGAGACUGCAGAGGUCCAAGAAGGUGUAUGGGAGGAACGUCUGGCUGGAAACAUGCAUUCCUUGGAGUCGGUCCAGCAUGCCUGCUUCCUCAUUUCAUGCUGCCACGUUUGUAGCCAACCUAAGUACGAAGGCCAAAGACAGCCCUACCUCCGCUCGGUUGCGGCCGCUGGAGCUAGAAUUGGAGCAGGCUCGGCGAUGCUGCACAAACAACCGAUGA